AUGGAUGACCACGGCGAGUUCGACAGCGUCUCAUGGCAGAGAGAAGAUACACCAGAGGGGGAACCCUCAGCCCCGUUUCCUGGCAAUUUGCCCGACAGGUCCGUCAGCGGCCCACGCAGCGACAGCAUAUCCAGCGAACCACAGGCUGGUGAACAUGCGGACAACGUCGACUUGGGCGGCAUAGGUCGCGACGGUAUCUUGGAAGUUACUGUCGACACCCCGCUCAAGGAGAACGAUGGCACAAAAGAUGCAUAUGUUUCGUACCUGGUCACCACUCAUACCGACUUCAAGUCCUUUCAAAGAACCGAUUUUGCUGUCCGGCGACGUUUCACAGACUUUGUCUUCCUCCGGCAGACCCUGCACCGAGACUAUCAAGCCUGCGCCAUCCCUCCUUUGCCUGAAAAGAACAAUAUGGCCUAUGUUCGCGGAGACCGGUUUAGUACAGAGUUCACCCAACGCCGGGCCUGGUCAUUACACCGCUUCCUCAAAAGGUGCACUCUGCACCCGGUAUUACGGAGAGCUCCCAUACUGCUGUUAUUCCUAGAAACAGGAGAUUGGAAUGCACAGAUGCGAAUGAGGCCAUCACGGAGCAACACGCUGGGCGAAAGCAGCGCGAGUAACGCGACGGCUCCGUCAGGGUUCUUCGAUAACGUCGCGGACACCAUGUUAAACGCCUUCUCCAAAGUCCACAAGCCCGACAAGCGGUUUAUUGAGGUCACCGAACGUGCCAACAAACUCGAUGAAGACUUGUCGCACGUGGAGAAGAUCAUCGCCCGCGUCGCUCGCCGAGAAGGGGACCUUGAGGUGGACUAUGCCGACCUUGCCAACAACAUGCGCAGACUGACCCCAUUAGAACCAGCAAUUGAAGCUCAGCUGCAAACCUUUGCUGGCUGUGUGGAAGAAUCGUCGAGAGGGUGGAAACAACUGAAGGACCACACCGAUCAAAACUACCUGGGAAGUCUCAGAGAUAUGGAAGCAUACAUCAACUCGGUCAAGUCGCUCCUCAAGACGCGCGAGCAAAAACAACUCGACUUUGAGGGACUCACGGAUUACCUCCAAAAGGCCACCUCGGAACGCGAUAUGUUGGCCUCCAACAACCCUUAUUCCCACGGCAGUAAUCUGAACCCGGCAAACUUCAUCCGCAGCAAAGUCGAAGACAUGCGGGGGGUCGACCAUGAAACCGCUCGCCGCGAACGCGCCCGCAAACUGGAACUCAAAAUUGCAGAACUCAACCGAGAAGUUGACAGCGCAAAAUCCACGAGCGAAAUGUUUGAUGAGCAGGUGGUCCGUGAAGUUGCGGAUUUCGAGAGGAUCAAGGGAGUGGAGUUUCGGGACAGCCUGGGGGCUUUGGCGACCCAGCAUAUGGAGUUUUACCAAAAUGUCAUCUCGACGUGGGAGAGGUUCCUGGUCGAUAUGGAUGCCGAUAAACACAUUCACAAAGACAAGGGGAGAGCAGCGGCAUAG